UAUUUGGCACAGAGCUAGCUUUACAGUUUGACUGUCAGAGAGAGAAAGGACCUCCAGUUGUACUGAAGUGUAUUGAAAUGAUUGAAGAGAGAGGUCUUAGAGUUGAGGGUAUCUAUCGGGUAAGUGCUUCUCUUGGUGACGUGAACAAACUAAAAGAAGAGCUAAACAGAGGUGUGGCCGGUAUCAAUGUACAUGAUCCUCGUUGGUCCGAUAUUCAUAUUUUUUCCGGAGCACUCAAGCUUUAUCUGAGAGACCUACCAGAGCCGAUAUUCACCUAUCAGAUGUACCCUGAGUUCAUUAAAGCUGGAAGAAGCAGUAAAGAUUAUGACACCAUUUAUAGAAAUGUCCAGCCAUUGGUUGAUAAUCUACCAGCUCACAAUAAACUAACUCUGGAGACAUUACUGACACACUUAAUAAAGAUUGUUAAUGAACAGCAUUAUAACAAGAUGAAUCACAAUAACUUAGCACUAGUCUUUGGUCCUACUCUCAUGAGACCAAAGCCUGAUCAAAUAGCUGAACUUGUUGGUAACUGUGAUGUCCACUGUAGAGUGGUGGAUGUGUUGCUACAGAAGGGACCAUGGAAUAUAAAGCCACCAGAUGUGUCUAGUCUUCGAGGAGUAAAGCCUAUUAAUGAUGCUCCUCCAGUCCCAGUUAGAUCCAGGGACGGUAAGAGGGGUAGUGUCCCUAUUGCCCCACGUUCCUCUCAUGUUCCUGUACCGGAGGAAGCUGAUGGACCUCCUCCCGUGACUCCACCCUCUUCCGCCCCCUCAAUACCUCUGAGUGAGUGUGGGUGGUACUGGCAAGAUAUAUCAAGGGAAGAGGUUACUGCUAAAUUAAAAGAUGCUCCCGAAGGUUCUUUCCUAGUCCGAGACUCUCAAAGAGGAGCCUAUACACUGACGGUGAAGAAAGGAGGACAGAAUAAGCUGGUCCGUAUCAUAAGCAGCAACGGACUCUAUGGGUUCUCAGACCCCACCCAGUACAGGAGUGUACCUGAUCUAAUUGAUCAUUACAGGGAAGUCUCUCUCUCUCAAUAUAAUCCAAGGCUUGAUGUUAAGCUGCUCCAUCCUGUCUCAAGAUUUGCUAAAAUAUCUGAAGAAGGUGUGGAAGAGGAAGAAGAUGAAGAUAGAGAGAAUGACGUCGAGGAACUUCUGGAGAAACUAAAGGACGUCACGGAAUUAUUUGACACUAAAAAUGAGGUCUACCUCGAGAUGGAGAAGAGAUCAGAAUUAAUGAAAAAAGAACUUGAAGUCACUCGUACUAAGUACAGUGGCUUUGGUAACGUCGCUGAGAUGCUUAAAGAGCAGCUCGAUUUUCUUAGACAUCACGACCUCACUGCUUCAAUAUUAGCAGAUAGAGACAGAAGAUGUAUAAUGGACAAUGGUAAAGAGUUGGGGAAGAGAUUAGAACAAGCUGAAGCCUGUCAUAGGAAGGCAUUGAGUGAUAUGAGGGACUGCAACAACAGGUUCAGGGCUCUUGAUAGAGACCUCAACACGCUAAGACCUGACCUGAUGAGACUACAGUGGGAGAAGGAUCAAUAUACCAGUAAACUGGUUCAGGAAGGAUUGACUCACCAUGAGAUAUCAGAACGUGUUAAAGACAAAGCUAUGAAUGAAUCAGAAAGCAUUUAUGGAACACUUUAUGGUACUCUGGAAGGGCAGGACGAAGAUGAAGAAGAUGGCGGAAUUUAUGAGCCCCCACCCGAAAUACAGAAUAUUCAGUACCCUGGACCCCCUCCACCCCCCAGAUCUGGCUCCCGGCCCCCUCCACCCAUCCCUCCCACUACUCGAACCCCUGAAUUGGGUCCGGCCCCUCCCCCAGCACUUCGUAAACCUUCUACAGGCGAUAGGAUGCCAAUACCGCCCCCACACACUAAAACAAGAGUAAAACCUCCUGUACCUACGCUGGAGGACAGACCACAUGUAAGGCAGGAGACCUGGUAUGUGGAGUGUGACAGGGCUCAUGCUGAGAUGCACUUACGCCAUAAACAGGACGGGACUUUCUUGUGUCGUCCGUCAGGUAAAGCAAUGCAGAACGCUAAAGGAGGACUCCACACUCACACCAUCGACAUUGUUUAUCAAGGCAUUAAGCAUUUGAAGGUUGUUCAAGACAGCAAUAAGUAUGGUUUCUCUGUCCCCUGCAACUACAGCUCACUGAUUGAUCUGGUCCUCCAUUAUUCUGAGAAUUCGCUUGAAACGCAUAAUCCGAAAUUAACCACAACACUUGCUUAUCCUGUGUAUAGUUAGGUUUUUAUUAUUAUUAUUUUUACAUUUAUUAUUAUUAUUUUUUUUUGUUAUUUGUUAUUAACUAUUUUGUGCCCAAGUUUUCA